AUGGCCACCCCAACUAUCACAGGGGUUCCUGGAACCUCUCAGCUGGAUGAGCCAACAUCGAUCAAUACUCGGGAACAUUGGUCAAAUGUCCGAGAAUCAUCAGCCUCUGGACCUUCAGACACCGCAGAAUCCCCUAUUACUACAGCCACUCCAAACUCGGAAUCAUCCAUGGCUUCCUUUGUUUCCGACCCUGCUGUAGGAUCUGAUACCGAUAGCUUUCCUGAAUCACCUACAUCCAUCGUACCUUCAGAGCCUCCACCCUCUAUCUCUUCCGACAUAUCAACACCCUUGGAAACUAAGCUAUCUCCGUCUCUUUCUACUUCUGAACCUUUUACUCUUUCCGUAACCUCUGGAUUUGAUUUCACAAGCCCUCUCGAGUUGCCAGCUCCACCUGCAACUCCGUCCUCUAUCACCUCUGACGUAUCUAGUACAUCAGAUCUCACUACCCCCCUUGACCCUUCGACCACUUCUGGACCCGUCGCGUCCUCCAUUCUCUCCGAUUCCUUAGGACUAUCGGUCACUUUGGUGUCGGGGACCACUGGAUCGUUCACGACUUCACGAGCCCCUGAGCUCUCUGAACCUAGACCCUCUUUCUCCUCGGCCUUGGAAGAAACUGAAACACUUGUGCCUUCUGCUACGCUAGAACCAUCAGAUUCUAAACCUUCUGCCCCAUCAGGCAUUCCUACCUCGCUCCCGCCUGCCACUUCAGAGCCGAUCACAGUUUCCGACACCAAUCCUAGCUUCUCGAGGCAACUUACGUCCUCAUUGAACCUAGAACCUGUUGCUCCCUCUAGUCCUUCAGACUCCGCUCAAAACCCAACCUUGACCGCGACUGUAACGAACCCGCCUGCCGACUCAACCUGUGUCUCUGAUCACCCAGAGUGGACUCAAAAUACAUGGAUUACAACCACUUCGAAAGGCGCUAGCCAGGCGACAGUAGUUCCUGUGAUUGUUGGUGACGAUUGUGAUGACAUCAUAUUUGGUCUUCCUCCAAUUGCAGGCGUGGUUUUCAAGCUUCCAGGACGUCCGGGAAUAUCAUUCCCUUGUAUCCCUUCUCUGGACCCUCGCUGCGCAACGCCUCCGGUUACCCAUAAAGGUGGUAGUGGCGACGAUGGCCAAGGUGAAGAGGACAAUGAUAGAGAAUCUUUGACCGAGUCACAUACAUCGACGGCAUCGAUCGCUUCUACUACAUCAACCACAUCGGCUGAGUCGUGCCCUACAGGUGGCAGUUGUGCCUGCACUCUACCACCAGUCGAUCCUGAUGUGGUGAAUGAGGAAGAAUCUGACUUGUGGGCCUCGGAUAAGGAAGGACUGGUGAAAAGAGCCAAGGCCAAGCCAAAUGACAUGUUAGGCUUAGGCCCAGAUGGGAAAGGGCUUUGCUUGAUUAAAGGGGUGCUCAAGUAUCCAGGCUAUCCGAAAGGACCCGGCCUAUUCAAACGAGACAUUGGAGGUAAGCUAUCCGCGAAAGAGAAUGAAAUCUCGCGAUGGUACGUAUAUGACAACGAUUGCCAUAAUUCUUACAAGAAAGUCGAUGCAGCUGCAUACAGCAACAUGUUUGGGAGUAUGGAAAAAGCCAAUGCAGCCAGCACCGAUCAUGUCUACGAGAAAAGCUUUCUGAAAGACUUCUUUACGGUUAUCUUGAACAAGGAGGUGCCAAGCGUCAAGGACAGCCCAGAUAUUGAUCGCGAGCAAAUCACCUGUGAGGAUCUGGAUUACUACGUUUGGGACGAAGCGAACAGCAUCAACCGUCUCCAGGCUGCAUUCGAUACCUACCCCUCCGAUAAGAAGUGGCUCGAAGAUCUUAUUGGCAUGCAACAAGCCCUCAAUGGUGGGCCAAAGGGCGGUGUUGUAACAACGUUCGGAGACCAGUCGGUUAAGGCCUUGACCGACAAGAAGAUGAAGAAACCAGACUACUCCACCUGGGUGGUUGUCGAGCAGUCAUUGAAUGAAUUUCUCUUUCCAUUCAUGGAAAAGGUCUAUGUGGGUAUCCAGCUCUUCAAUGACCCUGUACUUGUUGCCGCGAUGAUCCGCCAGAACAAACGAGUCUAUAGCGCAUUUCUGGAUCUUGACAAUACCAUAAGCUGCUACGAGGGCAUGGGUAAGUGGUCUUUUGCCGAAAGGUUCAAAAGUUAUAUGGAAAGUCGCUUUGCCGGUCAAGAAGAUCAUUCAAUCAACCGUUGGGCUGCUUAUGCAAAGGACAAUCUUACCCCCAUCAUUCAAGGCUACUUGGACAAUCUACCGGCAUAUGACGAUGACGAGACUGAGGCUGAUGAGCAGCGAAGAAAGGUCGCAGCAUGGACACAACGGUUGCAGAAGGCUAUGUCAGCGGCCUAUACGGUGGAGUUUUCCUGGGACUGGACAGUGGGUGAGACGGGAAUUGCUCCCCGAGCGGGAGGCAUUUGUCGCCGUCCAACAGCGUCUUUGACAACCCUCUCCACGUCUGUUAUUUCAAGAACCUCUUCUCAGAGCGCUGCCACAACGACGGGACUGAAACCAUGCUUGACAGACGCUGAGUGCGAUCUUGAUUGUGAUGACGGUGAUCAGCCCACAUGUUGGCAUCCUUCAUUUGUACCUGGAGCGAUUUUCGGCAAUUGCAUAUGUCAACCCAAGAUAACAACGACGUCAGAGGCAUCGAAGACUUCGGCGGAUCCAACGACUACAACGGAGGCCCUAACGACAAGUGAGGCUGCCAUCACAACUGCCAACCCAGAGCCCGAGCCUGAGCCCGAGCCUACCCCUACUGCUGAUUGCCACUACUGGGACGAACCUUUCCACUGGUACUUUGAGAUUAACAAUAUCCAGGAUUGGGCUGAAGAUGGUGGUAAGAGUCUUGAAAAGGAAGAGAGAGGGUGCGGUGCUAUAGCCAGAUGGGACUGGAAAGAUGGGCAUACUUCAUCAGUGGCAUUCACCUUGCCUCUCUUUAUGAAAGCAGGGUGCGUCGAGCGUGCUAUCGUCUCAGCGGGCGGCCCUGAGCUACAGUGCGACGGUCAUUCGUCCUGGGAUGAGCUGAGUUUAAUGGCUGCGAAGAAUACGAGUAGUCCUGGGGAGUUGACAUGGAAGAGGCCCUCGUUCCCAGAACGAUUUAAGGAAGUCAACAGGCAAGCGGAAGGCAAGUACCCUCAUCCUCCCAAGGGUCAACAUCCUCAGUAUAUACCUAUGAGUUGGAGUAGUAGUGCUCCCACCAUGCAGUAG